CAGAAUGUCUGGGGAGAAACAGGCUCUUCAGCAGGAGAACAAGGUUCUUGAGGAGGACCGGGACGCUCUGCGACACAAACUGAAACAGACCAUGGAGGAGAACAUCCAACUCAAAGAAAGCGAGGCGGAAUGGAAGCGCAAAGCUACUGCCUCCGAGGAGUCGAGCGAGCGGGCCGAGCGAGGCCGCCAGGAGGCUGAAGGAGAGUGGCGUCUGGCUGAGAAGGAACGUCGGGAGCGGGCAGCCGAGUGCCUCAAUUGGAAGGAGAAAUAUCUGGUUCUGCACCACAUGGUCCGAGCCCAGGAGGACAUGAAGGCCCUGAGGCAGGACAAAAGUUGCCAAGCCAACAUCAAGAGCUACUUUCUCUGCAUGACAGAAAGCGACCAGCGAGUGAAAAUUCUUAAAAAUCAAGACGGCUCACCCAGAAAUUUUAUGGAGGGUGACCCGGUUUACAUCUCUACACCAGAGUCCAACUCAGAAGAAUCCGAGAGGAGCUCAUCUAGGAUGAUGUUCCGAGUGAGCGCCCCGCUCUCUGUGAGGGAUUCAGGGCCGAGUCACUUUGACGAGCUGCCACCUUUCGAAGGAGGACGUCCAGAUUCUGCCAACCAUCGAAGAGGCAGGAAGGUGGUGGACUACUUCUGGAUCCCAACAGACCAGGACUAAAUCAACAUAGUAUAUGGAAGACAGACACAUCAUGUGACUUUGAUUCAACUUCCGAGUGUUAUUAUGACCUAUAACAGGCUUAGCAAAUUGAAUGAAAAUACAGUUACUAUAUGAA